CCAUUUACUAUAAAUACAUCACAACUAACAUAACAUUAUCAUUCAUUAAAAUCAACCUUGUUUCUCAAUUUCUCACUUUCUUAUCCCCAUUUUUAACCAUCCAUAUAUUUCUCAACCAAGGUAUAGUGUAGGGAACAACUCAAUUCAUAUAGCAGAUUGUUUUAGUUUGGUCUAAAUUCUCAUUUCACAAAAGAAAAAGAAAGGGUGUCAAAAGGGAGGUGGUGGCCACCUAUGCAAAGGAAACCAAACAUUUAUUCUUGACAAUAAUGGAAGCCAUCCUACAAAGUUUAGGAAUUAUGGAAUCCAACCAAGAAGAGAAGGACAAAAAUAAUGAAAAUAAUAAUAUUAUGAAAGAAUUGGACAAUGGGAGCCAAAUGUUGGUAUCAAAUUUCUACCCACAAUGCCCUGAACCAAACCUAACCUUAGGAAUGCACCCUCAUUCUGAUUAUGGGUUCCUCACACUUCUCCUUCAAGACGAGGUGGAAGGUUUGCAAAUCCAAUUCAAAGACAAAUGGGUCACUGUUCAACCUAUUCCCAAUGCUUUUGUUGUCAAUGUUGGUGAUCAUUUAGAGAUAUAUAGCAACGGAAAAUACAAAAGUGUUUUACACAGAGUUUUGGUGAAUGAAGCUAGAAGUAGAGUAUCGGUGGCGACACUUUAUAGCCUUCCUUUUAACUGCACAGUGAAACCAUCACCAAAACUUAUUGACGAAGCGAAUCCAAAGCGUUACAUGGACACAGAUUUUGGUAGUUUUUUAGCGUACGUGUCCACUAGAGAAACCAAGAAAAAGGAUUUCCUAGAGUCUAGGAAAUUGAUACACACAUAAUUAGCCUACGAAUGCGAAUUAGUAAAUAAAUUACAAGAGCUAUGUCUUUUUAGUAUUAUAAAUAUUAUUACCUAAUGUGUAAUUGUAAUUCAUUCUAUUUUAUAUGAAUAAACAUGCGGCAUUAUUCUUUCUAGAU